GAUUUAAAUGGACGUACUCCUGUGCGGCGUCAGAAACAACAAUGGGUCACAGUAUACCAUCCUACUUGUUGCUGUUUGCAGUAUUCAUGCACGAUGUGAACGGCUGUAGGCGACAAACCCCAACGACGGAGUAUGUGAUUGUGCCAGCCCCAGAACCGUUCUGCCCGAACAUCACCUCUGUGCACUACACAGCUCCAGGGAAAGUAACAGCUGUUGUUAGUUGGUCUACUGUCACAACAAAAAAUACGAUCAGGCAAACUGAAGGCCAACGGUCAGGGUCAGCGUUACCUGAGGGCACGUACAGAGUAACUUACAAAACCACAAACGGGGGUGGAUCAUCACAAUGCAGUGUGUCAUUUAUUGUGAAGACUCGCAGGUGUCGAAUCUUGCACAGCCCAAGGCAUGGGAGUGUUGAAUGCAUCCAAGGAGUAAAGUACGGAGACAACUGCACAUACUCUUGUGAUCGAGGCUUCGAACUGAGAGGGUCAUCCGAAAACACCUGUAGUUACAAUCUUACGUGGGAACAUGAGCCACCAACCUGUACAUUGACAAGCUGUAACAAUCUUACAAUUGUGACAAACGGCCUUCUCUUCGACUGUGAUGAUGGCAGUAACUACGGCAGCACCUGCAUCGUCAGGUGCAACACUACGGGGGGAUAUGCAGCCACUAGAGAUCGAACCACACGCUGCGAUGGAGCAAGUUGGUCAACGAUCGAUUUUCAAUGUUCAGAUGUUGAGGAUCCUGUCUUCACAAAAUGCCCAUCGCAGACCAUCCAUCAACAAGCAGCGCACGGCCAAUACGUAACGGCUGUGACCUGGCCGCAGAUCAUUGCCACUGACAACUCUGGUAACGUUCCCUCCAUCCUGCCGUUGGGUGGGUACAAUCGGACUUCUGGUUUGUUUCCUCCUGGGGUUCAUCUUGUAUCAUUUGAUGCUGAGGAUGACACAGGAAAUAAAGCAACACAGUGUACCUUUGCAGUGAACAUCGAAGCCCCGGAGUGUUAUCCCCCUGAGUUGGAAGGAGAGUACCUGAUCAUGCCCGCCUGCAAUCCUCCCUUCUACCUGGGUUCCGUCUGUACGGUUAACUGCCGCUAUGAUUUACCGGUAGAAGGCAAUAACUACAUCACCUGCAGGGAGACUCCGGGCAGCAGCCGUGUCCAGUAUUGGGACUGGGGGCAGCAUGACACGCCUCCUAAGAGCAAACCAUUCUGCAAAGUUGAACAGUGCCCAGAUCUACGACAUCCAGAUAACGGUGCACUCUCAUGUUCUGAAUUUGCAAGCCAGCGGAUCUGCUACCUACACUGUAACACUGACUACGAUGUACCAAAUGUCAAGUAUGAUUAUGAGUUUCGAUGCACCAGCGAUGAUACAGGAACAGCAGCAUGGAAUGGCGGACACUAUCUUCUGGUUUCUGAAUGCACAAAGAUACUGCCAUUUCUCAGGCAUCGGAGACGACUUCCGGUCUAUCUGUGGUAUAAUGGUACGUGUGAAGGAUCCAAGGAUAACAUAAAGACAAGUUUUGUACUGAGGGCGAAAUCCACCAUGAACCCUAUCUGUCUUGGGUAUGGCGCAACUCAUUGCCUUCCACAUAAUGUGAAAGUUUACUGUGAUAGCACACGCAGACGCCGUGAUACAGCUGAAAUAUUGAUGAGUGAUACCUUAAACAAAAAGCAAACAACCAGACAAAGAAGACGCAAACGGUCAGAACAGGAAUUACUGAAGCGUUUAGGACGAUCUCCCACAUUGAACUAUAUUGCCUUUGAUAUAGACGUUGAACUUUCUGACAACCCAGCUUUAUCUGACACCGAUCAAACAGCACAAGCAACUAACGUUCUUGACAGUCUGUUCCAAGCUUUAAAUGGAGACAGUUCUUUUACUGUGAAUGGGGAGGUGAUCAGCCCUCUGGGGAUGGUGUCCUUGGGAGAUCAACCACUGUGUAGUGACGGGUAUACCAAGCCUAGAGUGUCUGAAGAAGGAUGUGUGCCAUGUCCUAAAGGCAGUUAUUACAAGGAAGAGCUUUGUGAGUUAUGUCCUGUUGGAUACUACCAGGACACGACAGGUUCAACUGACUGCAAGAAAUGUCCGACUGGCUUCUCAAGUCUCAAAGAGGGCAGUUCCAAUGAAACUCAGUGUUUGGCGAUGUGUGGACCAGGUCAUGUUUCUCCAACUGGGCUGGUCCCAUGUUCAAGUUGUUCAAGGGGAACAUUCCAGCCAGAUACCGGGAACAAAUCAUGUACAGCCUGUCCCCAAGGGUUCACUACUGAGACGACAGCGUCAAUCACCCAGAUGGACUGCAUUGCUCGUGACAUUACAAUGGAGGGACCUGUGACAGUCAACAUGACGUCUGUCACACAAUCUGACGUCUGCGAGUUCACCUUGGGAAUGUGGGUCAAGGUCGAAACACAGGGUAACCAGGCUGAGUUUGAGGUCUUCCGCGAUGAAGCUGGAACAACUCUCCGACUUCAACUAUCAUCUGACAUACAAGUCAACACAGAGAGUGACAACACGGUUCUUCAAGAUGUUCUGACACAGGCCUGGACCCAAGUUACAAUUGUUUGGACCACCGAAAAGGUCACUAUCUUUACAAACGGACAGGGGAGAUGGGAAGGACAGGUGACAUCCGCUUGUCCUAUUCCUGCGCAAUCAAAGAUGAGAAUCACAGUAGGAACUAACGUCUAUAUACAUCUCCGUGGAUUGGUCGUUGUUCCCUCCGUUGACGUUGCGCACGCAUCCAGGCUGGCGUCCUCUUGCUCGGCGUUGUUGUCUGGAUCUGUUUUUGCAGUGGACCAUCUGGACAUGGUUCAAAUUUCCAAGGUCUUCGAAGCUACCCCUUCAACAUGUAAUGAUACAGAAGUAUGCGCUGACUGUGGAGAAAACGGACGGUGCUACCUGUCUUUACCGGGAUCGGCUUACUGUGUGUGCCACGGGGGGUACACAGGACCUCAGUGUCUGACCCCUCCAGACCAGUGUGUCGACAAUGAGUGUGCCCAGGGAUCUACCUGCGCCCCGGGGUCGGGAGAGGACGCCGUGUACACAUGCAACUGCCCUUCUGGGGCCACAGGGAGACUAUGUGAAGCUUAUUUACCUGACGGGGAGUGGAGCAUGUGGGAGGAAUGGGGGUCGUGUUCCGUGACAUGUGGGCAUGGUCAGCGGACUAGGAGCCGAUACUGUGACAGUCUCCAAGACGGCACCAAACCAUGUGUGGGCAAUGCAACCCUGGAGUCCGUGUGCCAAAUACGGCCAUGCCCAGACUGCCGGGAGGAGGACUUGUUCGGUCAAAUCAACUUAAACGAUGUCUGCCAGUCAACUGGGGGCAACCUGAGCUGCACUACUGGUUGUCCUGUUGGUCUGGUGCCAUCACAGGAUGACAUGGAGUACAAGUGCACAGAAGGUGUCUGGACACCAGGACGGGUAGUCCACUCAUGUACAGAACCAGAGGCCCCGCUAACAGUUCAGGUGGAGUAUAACGUGGUGUAUGCAGAUGGAGUUUCCUACUCUACCGUGAGUUCCUCCCUGGCUUGGGUGGCAGCUGGCUUCUCAUGUGUGGGAGAGGGAAUGUGCAAGUGGAAGAGUCACCUUAAAGAUUGUGAUGAAAAUAUCAGAAUCUGUUCAGACAACAAUGGAAAAAUACUCGGGGUAUUGACAUUGUACAUUGACAUACCCCCCGGUGUCCUUGAUGUCACGCAGUUGCAGAAGGACAGUGAUCUGUUGCCGUACACAGCAGAGAUACUAUCCCCCAAUGGCGGGUAUGUUCAUUACACAAACGAGACUAACUCACCCGCACACCGUGACCUUGAGGUGAAGGUCGACAAUGGCGUCCUUGUGUGCCCCUAUAUGUACUCACAGGAAGCGGACUGUGUGCCAGUGACAGACACCAUGGCAAGCAUCCUGGCAGCUUGGAACAAACUAGACAUGGCCAACUCAGAGGUCAGAGCCGCUGGCUACAGUAACUUCAGCAUCGGUCUUCCUGGUAACGUGCCGGAACCUUUCCUUCUGGUGUUUCAGAAUGUCACGUGCAACAUCGGGAGCAUCCCUGGUAGCUUCUUCUGCUUGAAGUGUCCAGCUGGUACCUAUUUCACUGACGGUCGCUGCGAGUCGUGUCCCCUGGGUUUCUAUCAGGACGUGAGAGGACAGUCUGAGUGUAAAGCUUGUCCUGGCUUCCGUACGAGCCUUGAGGUCGGGAUUUCAGAACAAAGCAUGUGCAGUGCCCCAGAGCAAUCUGAUCAGCAACUCCUUGUGACCAGUGGUCAGAAUACGCUGACCAUUUUCAACAUGAUCUCGCUGACCCCAGAGACAUUGACCCUAGAUAUCACCACCGGCAGCAUCUCCAAACUCGUCUACAGCGCCACCGACGACUUCUUCUACUACAGCACGUUAGCUCCAGCUACGAUCAGGAAAAUGAAGCGAGAUGGAAGUCAGUCGAAAUUAAUACUUUCCACUGAAGGUCAAGAGAUCACAGGUUUGGCUGUGGACGACAGGUCUCGGAUUGUCUUCUUUACCGUGAAUAGUGGUGGCCUCAUUGGUGUGUCCGCUGACCACGGGGGUGUCAUUUUAGUGCUAUCUGGACUAGAUGAACCACGUGACCUUGUACUUCACCAAGAGAAAUUCGUGAUGUAUUGGGCUGAGGGGAACAAAAUAAUGCAGCUCAAAUAUGGAGAUACUUCAAGAACAGUUGUCCUCGAGGAAGAAUAUCCUGUCAAGCAGCUCAGUCUCAACACUGAAGUGGAGAGAUUGAUGUGGUUCGCUAAUGGCAGUUUGAUGAGUGGUGACACUGACGGCACUGGCGUUACCAUCCUGGUCGACAAUGCCAGUGACCUCUACGGACAAAUGAACAGCUACUACUUCUACGUCGAUAUCAACUCAAAGUUGAUCCGGGUGAACGACGACGGCGUCAAUAGAGCCGAGGUGUCGUCACUGCCACUGUUUGUCACCAGUGUCUCCGUCAUCUCGACACUUCAAACUGAUCUUGGGCGACUAGAGUGUUCACUGGGUGUCCACAACUGCACUGGUUUGUGUUGGCAGACCAGUCAUUACAUGGCCAAGUGCACCUGAAAUGCUACAAGACAUGUUUUUUCUUUCCAUAUGCUUCUGAUCAGCGUCGGCUAUGAUAACAUAGCGGUACGCUAACUAUGCACAUGAAAUAAAAUGUAAUACGUAAAUAAG